GGCGCGCGCGAGUUGAGAGAUUUAGGUUGGAUUACGUUAGGUUAGGUAGGAAAAUUCCGCGAGCGAAGCGGACUCGGACGGAGUCUUCGCACCUGUUCCCUGUUCGGAGCAGUCGCGAAGAAAACAUCAACCAGACGUAGAUAUAAUUGUCGGUUAUAUAUAGAGAGUGAACUCAAGCUAGUCGCGACCCAGGGGAUCGCGAUUCCGCGAUCGCUCCGAUUUCGUCGAUCCGCACGCGAUGCUCGGGAAAGCGUGCAGCGUCGCGAUGCUGCGAUAGCGAGGGCUGCCUGAUAGAUCGUCGCGUCAACCGUAAAGGGGCACAUGGAUGCGACCAACGGGCAGAAGCCCCUUGUGGGGCAACCCUCCACCGGGGGAACAUCUACCUCCUCUGAUAAAGGUAAGGAGUGGCAAAUGGAGUUGCUGAUGGAGAAGCUGCGUUCCAAAGCCUCCACAUUUAAGCCUUUAGUGGAGACAGCCAAGAACAUGCGUAUGGCCAUGGAUAAGAGAUUCGCAAUUGAUAGUGUGGAGAGGAAUCAGUUGCAGAAAUGUUUGGACACUCUACAACAUUCUAUCAAAGUCACUUCCUUUCAAUCCAUGGUGGAGCGUCUAGAAAGCUUAGCAAGACAAUUGGGAUUAAAGUUCAUGAUGUCUGGUCCUCCAGGCACAGAAAUAUUUAUAUCCUCUGACAUGUUUUUCUUGGAAGUUUUGUUGGAGCCGUCAGGACUUGUUAGGGAUGUCAAGAUCCAUCACGAGGGAAAAAGCGAGCAACAGAGCUGCGAAGCGCUUGCGUCAGCUUUGUCGCGCGGCGACUUUGUUGAUUUCACUACACAACUUGAAGGAUUGGCAUCGAUAUAUCAGCUGAAUGCCGACAAAAAAGUAAAGUGCAAGGCAUUCAGCGCUCUGCAAUCUCUUGAGGCUGAUCUAGGUGUUCUAGCGCAGCUACAAACAUUUAUGAAGGAGCCGUUCAAUCUGGUUCACAAAAGUCCUGUUGGAAUUCUGGAAAGAAGGAGAGGCGGCCACCCGAUGAAAUUGACAUAUUUUGUUUCGCCAUACGAUUUAAUCGACGAAGAGAAUCGUACUUACGACGCUUUGAAUCCUGAUGUCAUCAUUAAACGGAAAAUCGGUCAUUCGGUGACUGUUUGUAUGGAAGGUUCGAUGGGUCACAAGCUACCUACAUCCAGUAUCAUAACUGUAAAUAGAAGUCCCACGGGCAAGAGUACACCUUCAUACGCUUCGUUGACCAGCACAAAUUCUUCUAUGCUGCCUGCCUGCUUCGUGCUAAAACUCGGCAAAAAAAUGCCAAUUUGCAUGGAACUGGUGAGGAGAAUACAGAAAGUCACGGAGCUUGAUUGCGGUGAUAUUUCCGCGCCACAUCCGAUGCUCAGUCUGAUAAUACAGCAUGCAAGUGAUGGUCAACUGGACUGUCGCAAUAACAAGGGUCUAUACGUGACUCUACCAGAUCAGCAGCAUUGCUACUUUAUGACAGAGAACAAAAACAUGGAAGGCGUGCUGGUAUGCAGCAUUCCGUUCACGCAUCCUGCGCACGUUCCGCAAAUCUUGGUAUAUCUGCGACAGCAGGCGCUGUUCAAUUGCCUAAUUGCGAGCUGCGUACGACCUAUGGCACGACAGGAUCCCGAACAUACAACCAUACUCGAAGUAAGUGCUCUUUCGUGGCAGCACAUCAGCGUGAGUGUAGAACACCCGUACGAGGAAACGAUGGCUACCGCGGAAUUGGACCUGACAGAUAUAUCGGCGCUCAAGUGUCGGCUAUAUGGUGUAAGCAUGACGACGAACGCGGAACAGACGUCGGAUCUCAGCGGCAGAGUACUACAACGCUGUCUCAGCAUACCGUUAACCAUGCGAACGUUGCUAAAGAUCUGGGAGGGUCGUUCCUUACCCGUGGUAAUGAACAAUCUGACCGGUGGCAGUGGUAGCGGCAACGGAAGCUACAAUCUCAAUCUAGGAUCCGGCGGUAAGGACCAAACCGGGCAAAAUGGCACUGCAUCCGGCAUGCCGGAUUUUACGAAUGGCGAGACGAAAGUGAAGCAAGAGCCCGGCUUGAACAACAGCAGCAAUGGAUGUAUGGGUAGCAGACAAACUCAACAGCAGCAAUCAUCAUCGUCGCAUCAAUUACAACAACAGCAACAGCCUUUUUUAGAUGCCGGAACGGAAAAUAGUAUCGGUUUUCCGUCGUAUUCCGGCCAAUCCGAUACGACGACGAUGACGAUGACGUUAGGCACCACUGGAACAAACAAUGCCACUGCUUCCAUGUUAAACCCAUUGCAGUUGGGCGCGCUGUUGGGACAGGCGAAGAACUCUCUGACGGGUAAUUCGAACGAACGCGGUAAGAAAACGCGAAAGAGAAAGACCGGUACAGACGGUCUCUGGCGUAGUCCGAAACGAAAGGGCGACGGAGGAAGUGGAGAUAGUGGCGCCGGCGCAGAAAUUUUACUGGAGAGCUCGAGUUCGGAGAAUUCGACGCCGUUGGGAACUCCCACGGGCGGCAGAGAAAAUCUCACAUCGGAAACCAGAACAUCCACGCCGACUUCAGCCGCCAGUUUGGCGAGUGGCAUGGAUUUUUCAAAUCUGGAUACUACCGAUGUACUUGGUACCGAUAAAAGCGCCUCAGAUUAUGAUCUUGACAAUUCGGAGCGAGACAGCGAGAUCGUAGAGGUGCAGCAUACUAGCACAGAACAGCAGCAAGAGAUGGAAGAAUUAACAAAGACACGCGAGUCCUCGUCGACGCGCAAGUCAAAGAAGAGUCGAAGCAGUGGCGGUAGCGAGGAGAAGAAGUCGAGUCCAACAAGUAUAUUCGUUGACGAGACAUCGACGAAUACAAAUAACAGCAACAAAGGUCUCCCGGUGCCACCAUCAGUAAGUAUCACCCCUAUCUCAUGCAGUAAUCUGGAUCAAGCGAGCACUACCAACUAUAACUCCGUAUUGACGGGUAUGGGUUUGGAAAGGAGGCCCGGCAUUGAAAUCAUACCCAUCACUUCUUCGCCAUCGCAGACCAGUCUACCAAGUUCGAUUACUAUCACGCCGAUUGCCGGGCCGGCGCCCUCGUCGAAGAACACGACGGAAGAACGUCAGCGAAGCGAACGGAAAAGCGGCGGGAAGAGCAGCGGUGGCAGCGGCAAAAGCAGCUCUGAAGAUAAUAAUAAAAGCAGCGGAAACAAGUUGGAAAAACGGCGGAAACGCAAACGGGAGGAUAGUCCAAUGGGUCCGCCGGACAAAGUGCCAUCGAGUGGCAAACAGCAGCAGGACCCGCUUUCGAAACCAGUAUCAGUGACCAUCAAACCGAGCACCGAGCAAUCACCGCCUAGCAGUGGCGGUCUGAGCUGUCCAUCAUCGCGACCCACAUCACCCGCGGCAGUAAGAAAGUUUAGUCCGUCGCCGACGCAUCCGAGUUCGCUGGCCACGCUCGUAGGUAAAUCCAGUCCUACCUUGAAAGCAGGUCAAUCGGCAGCUGUGGCGGCCUGCGGUGGCAAAUCAGUGCAGAGUCCGAAGCACUCGCCCGUCUACAGCAGCAGUCCGAAACACAAUACAUCGAACGCGGUACCGGUGGUACCUAUGUCAGUUCCAAUGUCGCUAUCCGUGUCCACGAUACCUAAUACAGUACCAUCUGUCGCGGUGUCUGUACCGGUACCGGCAAAUGCCAGCCCGAAACACGGCAGCAUCUCGUCUCCAAAACAUGGAAGUUCAGCCGCUAGCAGUGGCAAGCCAAGUAUGUCCGCCCUGAAGUCGGCGGCAAACUCGCCGUCCAGUAAGAGCGGCGGAUCUUCCGACGCGACGGCAACUCCGUCCAAGAUAAAAUCCUCUUCCUCCUCUUCUUCGUCCUCCGGCAAGGAAUCCUCCAGUCGCGGAGACAAGGAGAGACGAGCGUCAUCCGUCGGCUCGUCCAGUAGCUCGGCUAGCGGCCAUCAGAGUCCCAAAACUAAGUCGUCAUCCAGCGCAAAGCUAAAGCAACUGGAGAUGAUUCCACCGGGCGAAGCCGCCCAGGUUUCUUCUCUGCCGUCCGUUGGUAAUAGCGGUGGCAAUACCCCGCCUUCCGGGCAGGCCGAUGCGGCAAGUAAAUCUGCGAUCGCGGCCCAGCAGGCGCGGAAUCGCAAAAGUUCCCUCAAUGCCGUGAUCGAUAAGUUGAAAAACGCGCAGCACUGCACCGAACCCGAUGGCUGUGGUAACGGUAGCGGUAACGCAAAGAGCAGCGCAUCUACCAAUCUUGGUGGUGGCGGUAGUGGGGGAAUGAGCGGACAGAAAGAGAAGAAUAUCAGUGGCGGUGGUUCAUCAAGCAGCAAUAAAUCUGUCGUCGAGGGAGGAAAGUCUUCUUGCGUCGCCAAAAAUUCAUCCGCAGAUACGAAGAAUCCCGCGUCCGAAUACAUGGUGAAGCACAGCUCGGAUGGCAUCAAGAUCACCAUCAACAAAACUCGCACCAAGGACUCUAAGCAGUCGGCUGCUAAUCAGAAGCUAUCGUCAUCUUCCUCGUCAGGUACGAUGACAGCUGCUUCAUCUUCGGGUACUUCGUCGUCGUCCAUGUCUUCCUCGUCAUCCGGCAAUGUCGUCGGUGGCAGCAACGGUUCGCCGAAGACGCACACGGGUCUUAAGCCUGGCGUGAACUCUGGACCGGCAUCGAAGAAGCCGCAAACAUUGCAGACUCCGCAAAAAUUGUUAUCCACGAAGAUGAUGUUGGCUACCGGUGGUUUGAAAUCGACCACCUCGAGCGUGAUGAACGCUAGCAGUGGCGCGGGUAUGGCGGGCGUGACCGCGUCCGGAGGAAACUCUCUAUCGAAAAGCAGUUCCUCCAAAACUACCGGUUCGCCGAAGACGAGUAGCUCCGUGGCGACUGAUCUGAGCCGCGGUCGCGACAAACCCAGGAUACCCAAAUCUAGCGACAAGGGAGUAUUCGCAUCAAAAAGCCUCGGCGACGCAAGGAAAUCGAGUCCAUCUGCUCUGCGCGAGGAGAGCGAUAGCGAGCGUGCGUUCAAGUUGCUGGCCGCGCACGCGUCCAGUCUACCGCCGAGUUUGCCGCCCCAGUUAGUGAUGGAGGGUCUGAUGAAGCAGCUGGACACUAAAUUUCAGAUACCGAAGCUGUCGGCUCGAGCAAACAUCACGGAUAGCGUCGACAAGAGCAAGUCAUCGGAUAAGCUGCCGAUGCUGCCCGAUUCCGCCAAGCAGAUUCUCGACGGUAUGAAACAGGAAUCGGGCAAGUUAAGUUUGUCCAACGUUUCCACGUCGAAAUCGUCGCUAACGGACGACCAAUCGAGACGGGACCAUCCGCAGACAAAGCCGGACUCCGGCGCGAUGUCUCUAAAUCUCAUUGCAGAAAACGCCGGUGGUCUCAUGCUACCUCCGCAAACAACCGUUGAUUCGGACGUACCUACGAAUCUAUGCAUUCAACCAAUGGUGGACAACGAGUCGUCCCGCAAUGACUCCUGCAAGGAACUCGGCAUGAGACAAACAUCGACCGGUCAACAGUAUCUCCUCGGCAAAAUCGAUGACACGAGCGGCAGUGGGAUUCUAUCCAAGAGUAACAUUCCCGAUCAAUUAGCAUCGUCCAAGCCUUACACGCCGAGUUCCAGCGUUUCGACAGUCUCGUCGAGUGGCAGUUCCCUCGUCGAGAGUUUGAAUCUGAGUACUAAGUCGUUCGAGCAGACGACUUUGCAAGUCAAAUACAACAUGAUUGCCGCCGAAGAAAAGAAACCGCAGCAGACAGUGUGCGGUGCGCCCUCGUCCGUCUCGACAUCGUCGAUAUUUUCGUCGUUAAGCGGCGUCGCAACCACUUCCGACGACAAUGCCAGUGUCAUGACGUCAUCCGACGGCAGCGGCGACCAAGAGGCGGCGGCGGCGGCAGCCGCAGAGAUGCUGCUGGACUUUUCCGCGGCGAGCAAGGACCCGAUGACCAAGGGCGGUCAUGGCAUCCCGUCGACCUUGGCUCACCUGACGACGAUACCGGAGCGAGCGAUGUCGCAGGUGACGCCGGUGGUGCGUCGCAACACGCCUCCACCACCGCCGCCCCCACCCCCGCCACCACCGUUGCCGUUGCCGGCUCCCUUUCCGCCCGCUGCCAGUCCAUCUGUCAGUGUGCACAUCGUCAAGAGUCCGGCUCCGAGUCCUCGCGUGAUUCCACCCUCUCCUCAUUCCUCCGCAUCACCCUGUAUCACCGACGACGAGCUUAUGGACGAGGCGCUGGUCGGUAUGGGCAAAUGAAGAUUACUUAAAUUAUAAAAAUGAGAAUUUUCAGGUUUGAGAGGCUUAACUGAUUUUACAUUCAGUUAUAAAUGAGGAAUAUAUAUUAAGGUAGGAUACCAUUUAUUAGAUAGUCUUAUGUUAUAUUUUACGAAAUCGUGUUUACUUAAAACAUUUGAAUGUAAGGAUAAACAGAUAAGCAAGACGUAUUGUGUGACGUAUUAUUUUGUAUAGGAAACUUCUUUAACUUGAUCUGAACGUGCUAUUAAUUACUUUUUAAUUACUUAUUGACUACUUAUCAAUACUUUAAUCUUAAUUUUAACGUGCAAACUGUCUCGCAAUUGUCAUUUGUGUUAUUAAACAAGAAUUCUGUCUUUCUUGACCGAGAAAUUUUUAUUAUCUCCAUAUAACAUCAUACAUAAUAUUGAUAUGAUAUCGAUAUAUGAUAUCAGACACGAUAUCGAGGAAACGAUAUUGAUACC